AUGGACAAAAAGAACAGCACUAUUAUAACAGAAUUCAUUCUACUUGGUCUGACCCAGUCUCAAAAUAUCCAGCUACUAGUUUUUGUGCUGAUUUUAAUUUUCUACCUCAUUAUCCUCCCUGGAAACUUGCUCAUCAUCCUCACUAUCAAAUUAGACCCUGGCCUCUCAACACCCCUCUACUUCUUUCUGGGGAACUUGGCCUUUCUGGAUGCAUCCUACUCUUUUAUUGUAGCUCCUAGGAUGCUAAUGGAUUUUCUUUCUGUGAAGAAGGUAAUCUCCUACAGAAAUUGCAUUGCUCAACUCUUCUUCUUGCACUUCCUUGGAGGAGGAGAAGGGCUGCUCCUCGUGGUGAUGGCCUUUGAUCGCUACAUUGCCAUUUGUCGACCUUUGUACUAUUCAACCGUCAUGAACCCUAGAGCCUGUUAUGCCUUGGUGUUUGGACUGUGGCUUGGAGGCUUUAUACACUCCAUUAUCCAAGUGGCACUCAUCCUCCGUUUGCCCUUUUGUGGCCCAAAUGAAUUGGAUAAUUUUUUCUGUGAUGUGCCUCAGGUUAUCAAGUUGGCCUGCACAGAUACCUUUGCAGUGGAGCUCCUGAUGGUUUUCAAUAGUGGCCUUCUCACUCUUCUUUGCUUUCUGGGACUUCUAGCCUCCUAUGCAGUCAUUCUCUGCCAUAUACAUAGGUCUGCUACCGAAGGGAAGAGCAAGGCCAUGUCCACAUGCACCACUCAUAUCAUCGUUAUACUUCUUAUGUUUGGACCUGCCAUCUUCAUUUAUACUCGUCCAUUCCGUGCCUUACCAGCUGACAAGGUGGUUUCUUUUUUCCACACGGUAAUCUUUCCACUGAUGAAUCCAGUGAUUUAUACCCUUCGUAACCAGGAAGUGAAAGCUUCUAUGAAGAAGUUGUUAAUGCGGCAUGUGGUCUGUUGA